UCUCUCACCCGUCGCGCCUUUCUCUCUGAAUUUUCUCUCACUCAACCGCAGAAGUUUUGUGACAGAGUUCACACCACAGAGCGGCCGGGGAAAAUCUCACGAGCAGCAACAAGACCGCUCGGGGAAAUGAAGAGGAGGCUACAGAAGAAAUACUUGAUUUUAAUCCUCGGUUACUCGGGCUUACUACUGCUGGUUCCCUAUAUCUUUGACUACGGCGGCAAGCCCACACUUGUAAAAAAUGGACAACAACAGCCCAAAUGCCCCGACCUGGAGAGCACCAUGGCUCUGUGGAAUAACGGCGAGCGGUCCAACAGCACCGCAGACACGGCGUACGAGUACGCCGCCAACCGGAGCGGCAGGGCUCGGACCAACAUUUACCUGCACGCCACCUGGAGAACAGGCUCCUCGUUCCUAGGUGAGCUCUUCAACCAGCAUCCCGACGUCUUCUACCUGUACGAGCCCAUGUGGCACAUCUGGCAGGCGCUGUACCCGGGGGACGCGGGCAGCCUGCAGGGAGCCGUGCGGGACAUGAUGAACGCGCUUUACCGCUGCGACUUCUCCGUGUUCAAACUUUACGCAGGCUCGCAGAACAUCAGCACGGCGUUCAUCUUCGGAUGGAAGACGAACAAGGUGAUUUGCUCGGAGCCGCUGUGCAGCGCAAACAAACGCGACGCCAUCGGCAUGGUGAAGGAGGACCAGUGCGGGAAGUGUCCGAAGAGGGACAUGCGAGACCUGGAGAGGGAGUGCAAGAAGUACCCGGUGAUGGUCAUCAAAGGAGUGCGCGUGUUGGACGUCAGUGUGCUGGUACCUCUGAUGAGGGACCCCUCGAUUAACCUCAAGGUCCUCCAGCUCUUCAGGGACCCCCGAGCGGUCCAUAACUCUCGCCUCAAGUCCAAGCAGGCCCUGGUUAAGGAGAGUAUCCAGGUGCUGAGGAGCAAGAAGCAGGCGGACAAAUUCAAGCGGCUACUGGUGCCCAACAACCGGGUCAACCGGGCGGAGAACUAUGUGUCAAGCGCCAUGGAGCUGAUCUGCGACAAUUGGCUCAGUGACCUAGUGUUGGAGACGAACGCGCCUCCGUGGAUCAAAAGGAACUAUAUCCGUGUACGCUACGAAGACCUGGUACUUCACCCCAUGCAGGAGCUUCAGAGGCUCUUCAAGUUUUCCAACUUGUCCACUUUCUCCGCGCUGGACGAGUUCGUGUUGAACAUGACACACGGGCAAGGCUACUCCUCGGAUAAGCCCUUCCUCAUCUCGGCAAGAGAUGCCAAAGAGGCCAUCUACGCAUGGAGAGAGCGCCUGAACGUUCAGCAGAUCCAACAGGUGGAGGCCUACUGCAGCGAGGUGAUGAAGCAGCUGGGUUACCCCAAGAACAGCGUGGAUAAGACGUAGUGGUGCGGACUUGUCGAGAUGGAUGUAAGGAUAAAGGGGCCAUCAGGUAAAACAAGUGAGGGCUGUCGACUGAAGGCUCUACAACGGAGGAGGGGGGUCACCCAUUGGCCCAACACCAGCCGGCCAAUCGAGCCUGGAGGACGCUGAAAACACCCAGGAGGAGGAGGAGAUGUGGAGCAGUAGAACUGACCACACUGUUCAUUCACCACCACGGCCCUGGAGCCGGGCUCUCUGUGGGGGCGGAGGUACACAGGAGCCCUGGCCUCUCUCAAAUGGACCUCCUCGGGGCUCCUGAACCGCUCGCCAGAGCUAUCCCUCUUCAGGGCCCCUGCCCGGACGGACCAGACGUGAUCCAGAGGGGCCUCUGACAGGGACUGCCGACACAAGCGUAGCCUAGCUAAUGUACCGGCGUGUCCAUCACGGGGCCUCCUGACUCACGAGCAACCCCGAGACGGAAACCCUAGGGGGCUGACUAACAGUGUGGGA